UUUCCUUCCAAGAGACGCAAUGCUGCUAAAAAUUUAAACAAGACAAUCACUAAAAAAGAGUGCCAAAGCGCGCCAUAGAAGUUCAUUCCAUUUCCCGAAAUUUAUUCUCACACUAUCGAUCUCAAUCUAAACUCAUGCCGCGUGGUUUCAGACACCUAUGAAAAAUUUCCUUUCAAUUUCUCACUAUAGAUCUUGGACCACAUACGAGUAAAACCCUAGCUCCGAUUACAAUCUCGGUGAAGGGACUGCUCAAUGUGUUUUCUGAAUUGGGAGAUAGAUCGGUCACGGCCUUUGUGAUUUUAGCUCCGUCGAACCAGCAGGAGUCUGUUUCCAGCGAGCUUAAGGGAUGGAAGGGGAUCUGCAGAGGUCUCCACAACCAGGGUAUCCCGUUGACAGUGGGGAUGCAAAAUAUGUCUCUGGGCUUAGUACUAUACUCGUUGCCACAAUUCAAGAAACAAAGGACAGGAUUUCUCAGAUAGAAUAUAUUUUCUGCAGCCAACUUUUCCCGAAUUUCCAAUCAAAAUCUAGAAGCCUGCAGAAUAUUUACUCCGAGGCCAAGAAAGCUGCAGAAGAUGUAUGGAAAGAGAAGGAAAAAGAACUGUUACUCCAAAUAGAAAAGCUUCAGCUUGAAAAGCAGCAAGCUCUCGAAGAAAAUCACUAUCUGAAGAAGGAGAAGGCAAAGUUUGUGAAUUUUGAAGGCCAGUCACCUAAUAGUGUUAAUAAACUGCAAGUGGAGCUAAAACAGAUGACUGAAGAAUUAGGCGAGGGAAGGGAAUUACAACAUAGUAUACUCAGACUUCUUGAAAUAAAAGACACUGUGAUAUGUGAUAUGGAAAAGAUGCUGAAAGAGCAUGAGCAAAAAUAUGAUACAUUUGUGAAGAAAGAAAGAAGUCUACAGCUUGAAGCUGAGGAACUGCGGUGUGAGCUCAUGAAGAAGUCUAAGGAAUUAGACAAGGUAAAGGAGUUGAAAGAUAAUUUGCUUAAACAAAUUGAAUCGCAAGCCUUAAAGAUGGUGAAUUAUGAACAGCUCUUGAGUGAUUGUGAAAACAAGAAGAAACUACUGACAGCCAAACUGGAAACCGCAGGGAAUACUGAUGGGCUUCAAAGGGCACUCCUGAAGAAAAUUGACGAGGUGGAGGAGGGAAGAAAAUUGCAAGAUAAUUUGCUAAAAAAAUUAGAAUCACUAGCCUCAGCGUCAAAGAUGGUGAACUAUGAACAGCUCUUGAGGGAUUGUGAAAACAAGAAAAAACUAUUUACAGCCAAACCGGAAAGCUCAGUGGAUGUUGUUGGGCUCCAAAAUGCACUCCUGAAGAAAAUUGAAGAGGUGGAGGAGGGAAGAAAAUUGCAAGAAGAGCUACUCCGACAGAUAGAUUUAAAAGGUUCAGAAAUGUUGAGGACUAGACAACAGUUGGAAGAGCUUGGUAAGGAGAAAAUAUUGCUUCUGGCUAGACUAAAAAAUUCAGAGGAGAAAAUUGAUAAUCUUCAAGUGGAGCUCAGAGAGAAGAGCAAUGAGUCAUCUGAUAGGAUGUCAUUGCGUGGAAAAUUACUCCAACAGAUCAAAGUGAAGGACUCCGAGUUGAUGUCUGAGAAGAAGAAAAAAAGAGAUGUAAUUGCUGCUUAUAAAAGUCUGAAAUCUCAAUACAACUUUUUAUGCAAAAAAUUUGGUCUUACUACAGAGAAUAUGCUCCCGAAUAACAGAAUGGGAGAUGAAAGUGAUUCAUCAAGGCAGUGUCAGAAUCCAUUAACUUCACCUGAUAUUGAAAACAGAACUCUUGAUGUUUCUGCGGUUGCUUGUGAGAUGACCAAACAGAAGAUUGACCGAGAUAAGAUGGAGGAUCACAAAGGAGUCGGAUUAACCCAAGGACUGAGCUCCGACCCACCUGCCAGUACAAGUUUCCUCAUUUCACCAAAACGCCCCACUAAUGGAAGAUCUGGCCCCUUAGCUGGCUCAAAGCGUCCCGUUUCUUAUUGGAGAGAAACCAGGUCUCAUCAGAAUCGAGGUGGGCCUGACCCACACGAUGAUUUUCUCGAUACUCCCUUAGAGAACAUUAGAGGGAACUUAAAGAGGGCUUUGAAGGGGGAAGCUCAUGAUCUUCUAUCCCCAGUUCCAAAGGACAUGAAUUCUAACAGCUCCGAUGAUGAAACACAGGAUAUAAACGUAGAUCCUGGUCCACAAAAGCCUCAAAUGCCAGUUCCAAGGCCUGGAACAAGAACUUUUAAGUAUGUGGAAUCAGUAAGAAAGAAAGCUGAGAGGGAAAGUUUAAAAGGAAUUGAAUGCAAGGAUUGUAAGAAAUUCUAUGAUGCUGUUCUUGACAACGAUGGAGGAAAGGGAACAGAUGGUAUGAAGCAGAAUUUGCGCUGUGAGCAUCAUGAUGGCGUUUCAAGGCAUCGGUAUAGGUAUGCACCUCCUUUGACUCCUGAAGGAUUUUGGAAUAUUGGAUUUGAAUCUGAAAUGUGAGUUCCAUGGAUUGAUAACUGAUUAAUUUGACUGAAGCUAAGUUUAAUAAAA